UGGUGGUGUGGCCGCGGCUCCCGACGCGCUCGCGCUGCCGCCCCGCCCCCUGCGCGGCCCGACGGGACGUGCGAUGGCUUCGCGCAAGAGCUCCAGGGGCGCCGGCGGCAGCCCCAGCCCCGGCUCCAAGAGAGAGACUAAGCAUGGAGGAAGCAAGAAUGGAAAGAAAGAAGGCCUCUCUGGAAGCUCAUUUUUCACCUGGUUUAUGGUAAUUGCUUUGCUGGGAGUUUGGACAUCAGUGGCAGUUGUCUGGUUUGAACUUGUAGAUUAUGAAGAAGUUCUAGGCAAGCUUGGGAUUUAUGACGCUGAUGGAGAUGGAGAUUUUGAUGUGGAAGAUGCUAAAGUAUUGCUAGGCCUUAAAGAAAGAUCUGUCCCAGCACAGCCACCACCACAAGAGUCCGAGGAGACUGUCCAGGCUGCUGAGAAGUCCUAUGUCGAAUCAGAGCACAAGACUGCUGACGUAGAAUCGGAAGAUGAAAGUCAGUCUGUUCUUCAUGAAACUCUCCAUUCCCAGCCUGGAGAGAGGCAUGAAGAUGUAGAUGAAAGUAUAAGUGACCAGUGGCAAGUGAAGGAAGAAAUACAUGGAGAAACUUUUGAAGCUCCUACAACAGAUGACAUGCACAGAGAAUUAGAGAAUGCAAUGCCAGAAGCAUAUGAGACACCAGACUCAAUUCAGAAAGAUGCUGAUCUUUUGGCAGAUGAUCUUGAAGCAGUGGAGUCUGAGCCCUAUGAAGUUCCAGCUUCAGAUGAUUAUGUUGCAUCUAUGGAGGAGAGAGUAAGUGAACCAGAAGCUCCAGGUGACCCUGAGGUAGUGCUAGAAGAUGCUAUGGAACAUUACACAGAACCCAAACAUGAAAAGCUGGCUGAGACUCAAGAUACAGCUAUUCACGACCUUCCAGAGGAGCUGAAUGAAGCCACAGAGCCAGAUAAAAUUACUGAAGAUUUUGAUAUUGCUAAAGAUGUCUCAGUAGAAAGUAAGAAAUCAGAAGACAAUGUGGCCAUUGAACCAGAGGAAUCAGAAAUACCUGUUCAAGCUGAGGAUUAUUCAAAUGAUGUUCAAGUGGGGAAAAGUGAAAAAGAAACUGAACAAGACAAAACAGAAAAAGCUAAAAAGAAGAAGCCAAAGCUCUUAAACAAGUUUGAUAAGACCAUUAAAGCUGAAUUAGAUGCUGCAGAAAAACUACGUAAAAAAGGAAAAGUUGAAGAAGCUCUAAGGGCCUUUGAAACACUAGUGAAUCAAUAUCCACAAAGUCCUCGAGCAAGAUACGGGAAAGCACAGUCUGAAGAUGACUUAGCUGAGAAAAUGAGAAGCAAUGAGAUGCUGCAACAAGCUAUCAACACCUACGAUGAGGUGGUUAGUCUGCCAAAUGUCCCUUCAGAUCUGAUAAAGCUCAGCUUGAAACGAGAAGCAGACAGGCAGCAGUUCCUUGGUCGCAUGAGGGGUUCCCUGAUUACUCUGCAGAAAUUAGUUCAGCUGUUUCCCAGUGAUACGUCAUUCAAGAAUGACCUUGGUGUUGGUUACCUCUUGAUAGGAGAUAACAGCAAUGCUAAGAAAGUAUAUGAAGAGGUUCUAAGUCUGGCUCCAAAUGAUGGCUUUGCCAAAGUACAUUAUGGCUUCAUCCUGAAGGCAGAAAACAAGAUAGCAGAGAGCAUACCCUAUCUACAGGAAGGACUAGAGUCUGGUGACCCUGGCACAGAUGAUGGACGUUUUUAUUUUCAUCUGGGUGAUGCCUUACAGAGAAUGGGAGACAAAGAGGCAUACAAGUGGUAUGAACUUGGAUACCAAAGAGGUCACUUUGCUUCAGUUUGGCAGCGCUCUCUCUACAACGUCAAGGGACUGAAAGCUCAGCCUUGGUGGACAGCAAGGGAAACUGGUUAUACAGAGCUGGUGAAGUCCUUAGAGAAAAACUGGAAGCUCAUUCGGGAUGAGGGUCUUGCUGUGAUGGACAAAAAAAGCAGCCUCUUCCUGCCUGAAGAUGAGAACCUACGAGAAAAAGGAGACUGGAGCCAGUUUACCUUAUGGCAACAAGGAAGAAAAAAUGAAAAUGCUUGUAAAAGUGUUCCAAAAACAUGUGCUUUAUUGGAAAGAUUCCCGGAAGCUACUGGCUGCAGAAGAGGACAGAUCAAAUAUUCUAUCAUGCACCCUGGGACUCAUGUCUGGCCCCACACAGGGCCCACCAAUUGCCGGCUGAGGAUGCAUUUGGGCUUGGUGAUACCUAAGGAAGGCUGCAGAAUACGGUGUGCCCAGGAAAACAGAGCCUGGGAAGAAGGGAAAGUUCUUAUUUUUGAUGACUCUUUCGAACAUGAAGUAUGGCAGGAUGCUGAAAGUUAUCGCCUGAUAUUCAUUGUGGACGUGUGGCACCCUGAGUUAACAGCACAACAGAGACGCACCCUUCCUGCUAUUUAAGGGGCUCCUUCUGAUAUGUGUCAUGGAGGAGCUUUAACCCUUUGGAGUAUGCAAAUGGGAUUAAUUUAUCCAGCAUACAAAGUAUACAAGUAUUUUAGGGGUAAGAAAGGAUGACAUUCUACAAUCAGAGAGGACUUGGUUUAAAAAAAAAAAAAAAAAAAAGAGGAAGAAACUAAAGAAAAAAGAAGCCAUGUUUUGUUUCAUACUGAUACAGCACUGAUGUGUAUUGUUUUUCUGGCUGCAAGUUUGAAAAUACAAGCCUUGUCAGCCAAAAAGCAAUAGCUCUGGAUUUUCAAACUGAGGAAUGUGCAGAUGGUUUUGCCAUGCCUAUAUUAUGUGUACAGAACCAGUCAGUCAGUCAUAUGCUUGACCAUGUUCAGGCAUAAGAUUUAUGAUUCUACAUCUAGGAAAUACUUCCCAGGCUUUUACCUGGGAAACAACAUGUAAGAUAUUUGCAAAUGUGUGCACACAACCAACUUUGAAAAUCAGUAUGGAGUUGUAAUGUUAGCUGCUUUAGGUUUAGAACAUGUCCCUAUGUUAUCACUGUAGAUAAUGUGAAUGGAUUAUGUGAGUUUUGUACUUUUUCUACCUAAGUAAUUGUAUUUUUCUAGCUUAAUUAUGAACAAAUCUUCUUUAAUUAACCACUAUUUUUU